UGUUAUUGUAUUUUAUUAACUCACUUGGUCGCAUAAUGAAAUAAAUAAUUCAAUUUAUUGUAACAUUAAAAUCGAUAUUUAUUGUAUAAUUUUCCAUUCCUUUGAUAUACAUUAGAUAUUUUUUAUAUUUAUAUUUGUCAUUAUUUGUAUUCUUUAACAUCUCUAUAUAGUUUGUGUCAGUCGUUUAUUGUCACAACAGCGACCUAAUAAAUACCUAAAUAUUUGUUAUAAGUUUAACAAAACAAAUAAUGUAGAUAAGUAUAAUUAUCGUCACGUAUAUUCCAUUUACUUUGUAGUUAUCGUUUCCUAACGUCAAUUAUUGAAAUUUUCUUUAAAAAUGUAUUUCUUAAAAUACAAUUAUUCUGUUAGUACUAUUACAAGAUGUUACCUUAUCCGGAAUGCGAGUAAGGUGGCAUCUCAAAUACGAAUAUAUGAAGUUGGUCCAAGAGAUGGAUUACAGAAUGAAUCUAAAUUUGUGCCAACAGAUAUUAAACUGGAACUAAUUAAUAAACUUGCUGCAGCUGGAAUUAACAAUAUAGAAUCUGCAAGCUUUGUAAGCCCAAAAUGGGUGAAACAAAUGAGUGAUGGUGUAGAUGUAAUGAAGAAUCUCAAUAGAGUGUCUGGUGUCAAUUAUCCAGUUCUAGUUCCAAAUCUAAAAGGCUAUGAAAUUGCUAAACAAUGCAAUGUUGAAGAAGUUGCCAUAUUUCCUGCUGGCUCUGAAGGAUUCUCCCAGAAGAACCUGAACUGUUCUGUUCAAGAAGGCUUACAACGAUUCAAGCAAGUUGCUCUUCAAGCUAUUAAAGAUGGUUUAAGAGUUAGGGGCUAUGUAUCAUGUGUUGUGGGUUGCCCAUAUGAUGGACCAAUCAGCCCUAAGAUUAUUGCAAAGAUAACAGAGGAAUUACUGGAAAUGGGCUGCUAUGAGGUGUCGCUCGGUGAUACAAUAGGAGUCGGGACGGCCGGUUCUGUGCGGCGGUUGUUACGUGAAGUUCUUCAAGUGGCAACACCUGACAGGCUUGCUCUACACUUCCACGAUACUUACGGUCAAGGAUUGUCUAAUCUAUUAGCUGGUCUAGAGUUCGAUAUCAAGACGGUUGACUCUUCAAUUUCUGGUCUCGGCGGAUGUCCAUAUGCACGUGGUGCGAGUGGCAAUUUGGCCACAGAAGAUCUAGUGUACUUCCUGUAUGGUCUGGGAAUCAAUACAAACAUAGAUUUAGUAAAGCUUAUCGAAGCAGGUCGCUACAUUUCUAACUUUUUAGGCAAACCAACAGAGUCUAAAGUAAAUAGAGCGUUAGGAGAUAGAUUUAAAAAUCACUAUGAUAUUAUUAAGCUAGCUGCUUGUGAAGUUAACUAAUCAUAAUGUACCUAAAUAGGUAUAUAUACACAUAAACAAUGUGAUGCAUAAGUACCUACAAAGUGUUAUGAAUAUGUACGUACAGGUUCAAUAAAAUUUAAAUUACAUUCCUAUCUUUAUACAAAUAAACAAUAUUUUUCAAGCA